UGACAAUCCCCUAUAACAUGCCUACUGAGCAGUGAACCUUAUCUCCUAGAUAGCGUUAUUUGAUAGUUCCUUGUUGGUAAGAUACAAAGUCUCGUUUAUUUAUAUUUCAGUCUUAUUUUGGCCGUUGAACCGGAAACUUCAAAAAUACUAUAUCUGGGAUUAGUCAGCUGAAGCAGUAGAAUCAAACACAACACUGUGAGCUUUUUUGAACUGUAUAAGAGAUCGAAUAUCAUUCCAAACAACUUUCUACGCAACAUGGAUAAAUCAAUGUCAGCUGAAAAUACCCCUGAGGGCAAAUACAGCAUUCUAGUAAUUGGAGAAACCGGAACUGGAAAGUCAACUUUGAUCAAUUAUUUGACCAAUUUUUUCCAUGGUGGAAAACCCGGUCAACUAAGACUCUCUAUUCCUUCGAAGCAUUACAAUGCAACGGAGGGUUUAAACCAUUCUGAAAAAAAUGCAGCAGAUACUUCGAAAAGCCAAACAAGUAAAUGCAUGGAAUAUGAUUUCAAAAAGGAUGGACUUGUGUUCAGCUUCAUUGACACCCCGGGACUUUGUGAUACUGAAGGCACACACAAGGAUGAAGAGAACAUCCUGAAAAUUAUGCAAGCUGCAGUAGACAAGGGGACUUUGGUGGCAAUAAUGAUCGUAAUAAAUGGAACGCAACCGAGAGCUACAACGAACCUACAAUACACUUUAAAUCAGAUGCACAAUUUUGUACCAGAUAGUUUUUUAGACAACAUUGUAGUUGUUCUCACAAACUGCAAUCGAUUCAGUGCAAAUUUCGAUCUAUCCCAUCUGAAACCAUGGAAAGUACUUGACAGUAACUCAUUCUACAUGGACAAUUUUGCUCUCAGUAAGCCGGAGAAGGCAUGGAAAAAUGACAAAGAACAUGAAAAAUACGUUGAAAACGGUUGGAAAGAUUCGAUGGAAACUAUCAGAAAAAUGAUUAAUCAACUCAAAGAAAUGGGUAGUCAAGCGACUAGGACGUUUAAAGAAAUGUAUAAGAAAAGGAACGAUAUCAAUUCAAAUAUCAAAAAUAUCUUGAUAGAUCUAGAAAAACUUCAAAACUUACAAAAUAUACUUGAAGAAACCAAAUCAAAUCAGCAGGGGAUUUCAGACGAUAUUGAAAAGUAUUCCAAUUACAAGCAAACACAGGAAGUAGAAUGCAAGGAAUAUGUAAAAUCUGAUUUUAUGAGUAGAAUAUGUGAGACUUGCUCCAAUGUUUGCUAUAAGGAUUGGGUUCAAUCCAGUUCAAUACUUGGGAUUUAUACUAGUUCAAUCUAUAAAAUUUAUAAAUGGACAACUGAUCCUCUCCAUAAAAUUGUUGGCAGAGACUACUGUUACAAGUGUAAUUGUUCGCUAUCCGCACAUUAUGAUACAGAUGAGGUAGCAGUUAUUAAAAUGAAAACCGUUGAAAAAGUGCUGCAUGAGAUAAAAGCCUUACACGAGUACCAUCUGCAAAGAAAUGUCGAUGUUGAAAACAAAAUCAGCGGGUUGCAUGAUGACAUCGCAACAGUGCAAGGUGCUUUAAGAGCGAAAGAACAGGCUAUCCGCACGUGUUGCGAGGACCUCAAAAAGGUUUGCUCUCAUUUCAAUUUUGUGAAUGAGUUGGGUAGUAUCAUUGAUGUAAUGCAGAAAACAGCCAGCAAUUUGAGGUCAAUUGAAGCGAAACGAAAUGCUAAUAAAAUGAUCGAUGAUUUGAGAUAUUUUGUCGACAAACUUACGGUUGGGCAAAAAACGGAUGACUCUUGUUUUCUCGACUAACAAAUAAUAUAAAUUUACUAGGGUGGCUGCUCCAGUGACAGUGUGUGUCCAGUUAAUGUUGGUGCAUUUGAAGCAUGGCACCUAUAAAAAUAAAAUGUGUGUGUGAAAACAUAUUGAUAUUUGUUUGGAAAAUAGUAGUAGACAAUUAAAAACCUUCACUUUGUUAAUCUUUUGCGCCAGUAAUAAUGGAGAACAGAAGUGAGCAAAUACUACUAUUACCAGAACAUGGUCCAGUGAACCACGUAUCGUAUAAGAAUGUGCAUCCAAAAUCACAUAUUCGUACAUUAAGAUCAUAAAUCAAUCCGGAAAGCAUCAUGUGAAAUCGCAAUAACUUAGCGAAAUUUGUCACCAAAACUUGGUAUCUGCUGACCUGAGCAAUAUCAUAACCAAUAUUAUUUAAUGUUAGUAUCGUUUCCAAUUAAAGACUGUUAGUCUCAAUAGUAAAGGUUACGAAUAAAGGACAUACAAAACA